CAAACUCCAGUCAGGAGUGACGAUGCGUCACCUAUUGUAUUGACUGGCCCCUCUCGCCUAGUGCUGUGUACAUUGUGUUUUACAGGGCUGUAGCAAUAGUAGUAGUCGUGCCGAGCUGUUGAGAUUUAAAUUAUUAUUGUUGACCCCUUUUGUACCAAGGAGAUUUUUUGUACAACAGGAAUGAUAUGCUUUCUACAGACGGGAAGUCGGCAACGCAUGAUCAUCAGUGUAGAGUUGGCAGUGUAUUGAUGAUAUAUUCGUCAAUGAAUUACUGCAUUUAGCGAUAUUUUACACGGUCAUCAUGUGAGCGUGUUAUUCGGUUAAGCGCUUGGGUACAACAUUAUUGUGUAGGAGUGGGUUACCUCACGACCAGAAUUUUACCCUCGGUUGUACGUAUUCUGGUGGUUUAUUUACUUGGCAAGCUAAUUAUAUCCAAGGGCUUCUUUAGAAAGAAAUGAUAUUGACUCCUUAGAAAGAGUAUCUCCGGCCUCAUGAUAAUUUAAAAGACCUCCGUUUGAAGACAGUUGCUAUGAACGCUCAUGAACACUGAAGGAACAGACUUUAUGUGCUGUCAAUCCUUCAUGCUAGUGACAGACGAUUGCUGGAGCUAAAAUCAACGGACCUGUGUACACAGCUCUGUAAUAAUACUAUUAUGAACUCCCCGCCAUGCAACGGAUGUAUAUUUGACUGGGAAGCAUGUCAGACCGAUUGGAAUCAUCAUCCAUAAGCUUAUUAUAAUUCAUAUUAUCUUGGACGCCACCUAUUGAAGUAUGGCAUCAUCCAAUGGCACAGGAAAGAGAGUACCACCAUCGUAUGAAGAGACGAUGGAAGAGUUAGCUCGCAGAGAGCGUGGUCAAAACCCCAAGCACGACCCGACAUCGCCCGGACAGGGUGUGUACAGGAAAAGAACCGACGACGACGAAGUCGGUCACGAUGAUGCAGGGACGACCUCGGAAUACCAGUCGGCCAUUGUGUACACGAAAAGAGCCGACGACGACGAAGUCGGUUACGAUGAUGAAGGGACGACCUCGGAAUACCAGUCGGCCAUUGUGUACACGAAAAGAACCGACGACGACGAAGUCGGUUACGAUAAUGCAGGGACGACCUCGGAAUACCAGUCGGCCAUUGUGUACACGAAGAGAACCGACGACGAUGAAGUCGGUUACGAUGAUGAAGGGACGACCUCGGAAUACCAGUCGGCCAUUGUGUACACGAAAAGAACCGACGACGACGAAGUCGGUUACGAUGAUGCAGGGACGACCUCGGAAUACCAGUCGGCCAAACCCGCUACCAUCUCACACACCACGGUACAACCCAAGUACCUUCAACCCGAGACCACCCUCUUGCCUCAAAGUCCUACGUCACCAUCAACUGAACCUUCGAAAGGCUCCCCGAAGAAAAACCGCUUCAAGAAAUCAACCUCCAGAUCAACCUCCCGAUCAACAUCGUCGUCCAAACGUGAUCCAAACACUUACGCGUACGAAAAUCAACAGAGCGUGGACUACUGGGCGUCUGUAGAGCCUGUUACGAUUGAUCCUAAUAUCGAACCGAUCCUCAUGCGACCGAUGGUAACGCGAGUAGGACCAGACGGAAGGACGUACUUACGAGACACCAGUAUAGUUGUUGUACAGCAUGACGAGCAUGAAACGCGAAACACACAGAAGGUGAUCGGGAAACCAACUCGACCCGAUAACUACUUGUGGUAUUCUUUCGUGGGAAUGGCCUUUUGUUUCUUCUUUGGAAUUUUCUCUUUGAUGCGAUCAAGAGAGGUUCCCGCCAAAUUUGACGCGGGAGAUUACGAAGGUGCGCGGAAGGCUUCGUCGUCUGCUCGGAACUGGGCUACUAUCGCACUCAUCAUCGGAGCCGUCAUCAUCAUCGUCUUCAUCUUCCUUCUCUUCGUGAGCCCGUGCCCUCUCACAAGAGCACUUCAAUUCAAAGGUGUAUGUCCAGAGGGUGUGUGAGACAAUGAACGUGUAUGUAUCGCGUAUUCGAAGAGAGGUUCCUCGAAGCUUUUCUACCAUAACAGAAGAAGAUGGAUUCUAACAAUUUAUGAUUCGAUCUUCUGUUGCUGCUCACUCCAAGGAUGCAUGAGAGUGAGAAGACGAUUAAUAAUAAUGAUAAUAAUUAUGCCUUGUUUACCCAGGACAGCUUCAUGAGUGUUAAUACAAUUAUUCCUGGGCCCUAGCUGCAAUCCUAUGAAGAGAUGGUUUAAUGGAUCACGUUCUAUGAUAAGUAUUCUCGUGGAUAUGAGUGCAUGAUCACUGCUGAGGGAGUCAUUGUAAAGCGCAUGAAGCUAUAUGGCUUUGGCAAACAAUGUUUUUCACACUUGUGCACUUCAUCGAUUCCCGUUAAGUACAUUCAUUUUACGGAAAGGACAUCCCACUAAUUGUAUCAGAAAAUAUUUCAGCUGUUACAGGCUAAAUUAAAUUGGUUUAUGACUAUUAUAUCACGAAAUGACUGUACAAAUUGUACAAUUUUAAUUCAUGGAGUGUCAAAAAUAAUGCAAUUCAUGAUUUUUUCCCUUUGCACCUUAACGCCUAAGCCAUAAAAACUUUAAGAUGAUAGAAAUAGAUGUAAUCUUUAUUAGAUUUCAUUUGUGGAAGAAAGGCAAGCGAAAGGGGGGAAAUAUGGUUUCAUUCUAGUGUAAGAUAAUUGUGCAUUGGGUAAGAAGGAGAAGAAGCUUCCAACGACGGAAAGAUACAUGAAAUCACCUUCUAUUCGUAACCACAUAAUCACUCUUUGGUUUUAUAAUAAUGAUUAUAAUAAUAAUAAUGAUAACAAUGAUAAUGAUGUAAUAAGGGUUUCGUUUAAAGCAGUUUACCAGUUACAACCUUCCAAUUAUGUCCUUGAAGAUGAUAUGUCGCUUGCAAUAUAUAAAAUAACUUUAUUUAAGUUCAGUACGUUGAUAAUUUUUCUUUCCGGACUGCCGAAUAUCUGAUGUGUAAGAAAUGAUUAUGUAACCCCUGUAUCCCAUGUUCAAUUCUUAAUGUCAUGCUUUGACAGGGAUUUAGGCUUGAAAUUAUAGAGAAGUUAACAAGUUCAUGCUAUAUUGUCCCUUGCGUUAACUAUCACAUAACGAUUUUUAAAAGUCUCUCAUGAUUGUUAGCUGACAUUCCUAAGA